AUGGCAGCACCAAGAAGGCAGAAAGUUUCACAACUUAUCGGCAUCAGCCGCAGUGUAUCUUGUGCACCAAUCACAGGCGGCUACCAACACAAUAUCAACAGUCAACAAGUAACAACAACGCAUCGAGCUACAAAACCAGGAUUCUGGAAGAAAAAAUCGGAUGCAGCUUUUGUUGCCGAUAACAGUCGAGCAAUGGGAUUGGACCAGCGACGAGAGUUGGUGGUGAUUGACAAGGAUUUGGUUAGGCUACGACAUUCUUGGGCGGCUGCCAACUCCGACGCCGUAGACGGAACCUCGCGGAGUUCACAUUUUACUCCGUGA